UAGUAGAGACUUAGAGAGUCUAGAUUCUAGUUUGUGGUUGUGGUGACUCGUUUAGCUGAAAAGAACUAAACGAUUAGUAUACUAGUUACAAAUUUAAAAAGUUAUUUAACGACGAGAUAUUAGAAAGAAAAAAAAAACAAUUUAAAAAACAAAAAAAAAACGUUUCUCAAUAUAACGACACCAAUCAUCAGAUAAAAUAAGGAACCACUGAAGUUGAAUAUUGCAGCAACUAUCGUUAAGUGAAGGAAGAAACAAAAAUGAAUCCAUUUUUAAAUUUUGGUUUGCUUCAUCGUAUGUUUCGAGAAAACAUGUUUCAAGAAAGCAUGUUUCAAGACUCCAAUAUAUAUUCUACAGCUAGUACCGGUAGUACUGUUGAUUUCGAGCCGAUGUUACUACAAAAAAAGGAAUAUGGACCCAAGAUGACAGAUUUGGAACUGUUAGAAAAAACGGUAUCUAUGAUGCAGUCAGACGAGGAUUUUUUAUUGAUUUUACAAAAUAUUUUGAAUGUAUGCAACGAUUCUGAAAAAUUUAAAGCAGAUAAUCUAGCUGUACUGAGACGUUUUGCACAAUUACUAGUAGAGAUUAGCGAUGAUAAUUGCGAGAAAUCAUUGAAGUUUAUAUCUACAACAUUAUCUGAACGCUUUUUAACAAAGGAACUUCUUAAAUUUACUAGUACCACAAAUACAGUUGCGAAACUAACAUGCUUGGCUCAAGGGGGUUUCGGACGUAUAUAUAUAGGAACACUUAAAAAAACCGAUGGAUCUACAAAUAAGGUUAUCAUAAAAAAAUCCUUACCGGGAAAGGAAAAAUUUUUAAAAUCUGAGGCAACAAUUUUAAGUCAGUUAGACCACAAAAACAUCAUCAAAAUCGUGUCAUUUGUUACAGAUUCGAUGGAAAUCGUUAUGGAGUUUAUGGAAAACGGAAGAUUAGAUCAAUUUUUGGAACAUGUGAGAGUACCCAAAACAAGAUUUUAUAAUAUGGUAUUAGACAUUAUAAGUGGUAUGGAAUAUUUGGAAAAGAAUAAAAUCAUUCAUAGGGAUUUGGUCACAAGAAAUAUUUUUGUGGAUUCAAAUACGGAGUGCAAAAUUGGAGAUUUUGGUUUGGCUGUCAACUUUACUAGGCCAGACGGAAUCUAUAAACAAAAGAAUGGACAUAUAUCAGGAUAUCAUAUACCCCCAAGUGUUUUAAUAAGUCAAGAAUAUUCCGUAAAAUCUGACAUUUGGGCUUUCGGUUUACUUGUAUGGGAAAUGCAUUAUAUCCAAGAUGGCGGUCCUUUGUUAAUGAUAAGACCUAUAUUAGACCGAUUUAGAUUUUUCGGACAUUUGCCAUGUGAUAUGAUUUCGCCAAGAAUGAAAAACUUCUUAACAGAAAUAUUAAAUGCUGAUCCAUCAAAACGACCGUCUUGGGCAGAAAUCAAGAAAUUUAUGUCAUCCUUUGUUUAGAAUAAGUUUUUUUUUUUAAUAUAAUAAGUCCAAAUAUUAAACGUAAAAUAAUUCAUAAAAGUUUUCAAUAUUUUUUAUUCCUAUUGCUGUAUUAUUGUAAUUAUCAAGCAAAAUAAAAUGUUUUUAUGACG